GAUGUAAUUGACAUUUAAGGGUACACACACCCCAGAACUGAUGAACCUUCACACACGAUAAGGUAAAUUCACUGUAGCUGACGCGCCAUUUUAAUGUUAUAAAUUUGUACAAGCUAAAGUCAUUUACAUUUUAUGUCGUCAAGGUCGGUACUCCAUCGUACACGAUACUUGACCUUCUGUGAUGUAAACAGGUCGUGCCGAUGUGAGAAUUUUUGCUGAAAUCAUCAGUUUUAAACAAAUUUGUUCUGUUUUCCCCUGUCUUGUCUAUGGAUAACGAUAACCAUCAUGCAGAAGGAAGUCUAGCUAGCUAGGGAAUAGAUCUCAUUUUUUUAACUUUUUUUUUACUUUUUACAUAUAUUAUUUAUUUGACACUGACUUUUCGUGACUGUUCUAGCUAGCUAGAGUAACAAGUUUUGAGAAACCCUCAACAAUAGCAGCUCUAGCUAGGCUGUUAGAGCUCUUUUGCUAGCUAGCUAGCUAGUGGCUAACCUUGAAGCAGAAAUCAUGCCCAUGCUUCAGGUAGUUUUUACAGAACAGCAUAAAAUAUAUAUUAAGCACUAUUUUUAAUCAUAACGGUUAGCAAACAAUAUAAAUGGAAAAAUAUAUUGUAAACAAAUAAAAUAUUUAGAGAAGUGUUUUCAAAACUGUUGUUUCUGUCAACUGUUGCUAUAAAAGCAAAAAGAAGUGGAAAAAAAUCAUUGUAAAUAUUCUUAAGAUAUUUUUCUUUUUGGCAUAGAUUUGAAAUGGAAAAAAUAAUAAAACCUGAAAGUGCAAACUAAAAGAGAAAUGGCAAAGGAUGAUGUCACUGCUGUUGUUGGGGAAACAUUGGCAGUUUUAUCAAAGAUUGUAAACAAAUUUGAUGAUGGUGGCCUCAGUGAAGAAGAUCAAGAUGUUGCAUUAGAAUGCUUUGUAAAAUUGUUUGCAAAAGUGGAACUGAGUGACCACAUGGGUAUUCUGUCCUUUGCAGUUGGACUGUUAGUAAUUCGUCCAACUGGAGAAUCCCUACCUAUUCAGUGUAAAAUAUGUUUGGCACUUUGCAAGUUGAUAAAAGGUAAUGAGCCCAGUGUAAAAGUAAAAUAUGGGAAGUGGAAAGAAAUUAUUACAAACGAAUUGGUUAGUGAAACUAUAAACAUCUUCAAAACAGUUGAAUCAAUGUUGAAGAUACAGACACCAAACAUCUCCAUCAGCAACAAGAAGGUAUCAUCCUGUGUGACACUUCUAGCAACAAUACUAGACAGCAAUGCAUAUGUGAAGAAAGCGUUUAAUGAAAAUUUAGGUGUUGCAAGACUAAGAACAUGUCUAUCGUUGCACCAAAAUAUGAAUGAAGAAGUUGCUAACUCACUACUGGAACUGCUCACAGUAUCUAAUAACAAGGACACAGAAAUUAGUCAGAGAGUUAUAACACUUCAUGAACUGGUUGUUGUUAUUAUAAUGUUGAUUCCUCAUUUUGAUGAUAUUGGCCAGAGAAAAAUUUGUGAAACCAUCCGAGUGAUGUGUGCUACAAACUUACAGAAUCGUCUGAUCUGCUGCAGCUUAAAACUUAUAUCAACUCUUCUUGAACUUCUUGAACAUAAGGGUGAAAUUAUACCAAGUAGUAAUAAAGAUUGUUUAAUCAGCACAAUGGAGAUACUUGGUUGUUUAUCUAUUUCUUCUGAGGAGUUGAAACUUCUGAUCAGUUUGUUUCAGAAGGAAAGUGAUGACAAGAAAAAGUUUAGCCAUGGCAAUCGAUUGGUUCAAUCCCUCGAAAGGAUGGCGUCACAGAAUGCACAGCAUCAUAGUCAAUAUCAGCCGCAAUACUUUAUUGACUUCUACAAUAUAUAUCGAGCUUCUUAUAUUAAGUCCCCUACGAUUGAACGAUGGAAUGGUAAAGGUAUAACAGUACACACAUGGAUUUGUCUGGAUUUUACGCUACCAAAUGCAGUUGAUGUUAGACAAUGUAAAGUGAGGCAUAUGUUAUUUUGCUUUCUGAAUGCACGUGGUGAAGGCUUUGAGGCAUUUUUUACUGAAGAUGGCUUUCUUGUACUGGCUUCACAUACUAAAAAAGAAUAUUUGACAACAACUGUGACAUCGUCUCCAUUUAAUGAUCAGGAAUGGCAUGGUUUGUCAAUUGUUUACACAAAGAAACUCUUAGGCAAGGCAACAGUAGCUGUAUAUGUUGAUGGGCAGGAAAUACAUUUUGCUCCAUUACAAUUUCCUACAUUGAAUAAGGAAAUCACUCAUUCUUACAUUGGUUAUGGUGUCAAGUCAGACUCCAGGUUUAAUUCAGAAAUACAUCCACCUUCUAGUCCAACAAGAGUUAUGAAAGAUAUUGUUUUCCCAGACUGCAUUGUUACUGGUCAGCAGAAUCAAACAUGGGGAAUACCUUCAAGCUUAAAGGGACAGUUGUCCUCAUUUAUCUUAUUUAACGAGUCAUUGUCAACAGAUAAAGUCAGGGAAAUAGCAUUAUCUGGACCCAAUAAUUCACAUUUAUUUACUUCCAAAGAUGUUCUGGUGGAAUCACCAGUUACUGAUACAGCUGGUCUGUUAUCAAGUGUUGUAUUUUACUUUAAUGCCAAGGCAUCUGUGGAGGAUGAAAUUAUGGAUUUGAGUACAGCUCACAAAGAUAAGAUUGUAACCCCAAAAAAUUUAAGAGGUACCAUAUAUCACGUAUGGAGUAUCCAGGAAUCCAUUCAAUCACUUGGUGGUUUAUCAGUGUUGUUUCCAUUACUUGAACAAACAUGUUUUAAGUCAGUUAAAAAGUCAAAAACAGACUAUAGUAUUCUUGACCUAGCUGAUGAAGCUGUCGCACCUGAUGCUGUGUCAAACAAUAGAGAUCAUCUAGGAAGUUUAUCGGAAUCAGUAGAGACUAAUGAACCUCUGGAACCAAUUGCAAAUGUGCCGUGCAAUAAAGCCAAUACCAGUAAAAAUCCUCAAACAUCUGUAGACUUUCAAAUGGGUUUAAAUGACACAUAUGAUCAGGAGCUAAUAAAUGGUAAAAACAUUGAGAAAGAACUGGAUGAAAUAGAUGGUAAAAAAGUGCCUGUAUUAUCCGAUCUCCCUGUAUUGUAUUCACCAAGACAUGAUAUCAACUUGCAUGUGGAUCCAAUGAAUUGGACAUCCGAACUUGAUCAUGAACUUGGUGCUGUUGCAGUCACUAGUGAAAACGAUGUGAACGAUGCUGGCUCGAAAAAUACUUUUCAAAGAUCUUAUAGCAAUUCAUCCCAGAAUAUUAGGAAAAAGGCUGGAAGCUUUGUUCUGCUUGGUUCGCCGCCACCAAGCUCGAAAAGCUCAAUAUCAUUGGAAUGGACAUUACUUGAUCCAAAAGUACCACGUACUCGUUCUGAAACGUUUAAGUGUUGGGCUAAACAAGACAAUCACGAUUUGAAUGGUGUUGCACACUUCAUCUCACUCAUUCGAUACAUGAUAGGAAGUCGUAAACAAAUUCAGGACAUGACACUAGAUCUACAAGGCAUAAAAGUAAUAGGUCUGUUAUUGCAGGAAUGUGAUCCAGGGUUGAUGAACAUUGGAUUUCUUGACUCUGUAGCACAACUGGUUGAAAGUUUACUUGGUGUUAAAGAUGAAUUGUUAGAAGCAGUUUAUAAAUUUAUCUUAUUUGAUUUUAAAAUUUGGUGUGAUGCAGACAUAUCCGUACAAAUUGCACAUACACAAUUAUUGCAUACGUAUAUUAAGAAUGAACCAUUGUAUUUCAGUUCUCUGUUUGGGAUUGAUUAUUUUAUUCGUGUUAUUGAAGAAUGUUAUUGUGAUAAAGAACUACAGACAAAGAAGAAGGUACAAUUGACAGAAUCUGAAGAGAGAGAUUUACGCAAUGCCUUGUUAGGACUUAUUUUUUAUCUACUUAAAUUGACGCCAACAAAGAACAACAUGGACUUUAUCAUCAGUUACAUGGCCAGUGUUUCCAAACAUGAGCAUUUGGAUGAAAUCUUAGAUUUUAUGGAAAGUAUAUUAAAGACUGGUGCUAAUUCUGCUUUAGAAACUCAGCUUGCUGAUUCUUGUUCAUACAUUUUGUAUCGAUGGCUUGUAUAUGACAUACCGAAUAAAACACGCAUUAAAAUCUUGGUAAUAAUACAACACAUGUUACAGCAUGGUAACAUUACAGAUGCGCUGCAUAAGAAGUUAAUGCUCAAACCAGAUCUAUUUCCAUCUGUUGGCGAGCUUUUGUGCAAACAAGACAUAUCACGAGAUGUUGUUGUCCACCUGAUGAAACUUGCUAUUUCUGUUGAACGGAGUGCUGAAGCAAGAACGGAUAUUUAUAAAGACUUCUCCAUUGUCUUAUCUGUUGUGAGGGUUUCACAUGUUUUGCCGAGACCAGUCAAGUUAGAAAUUGCUAUUAAGAUUCGCCAUUCUUUAAAGCUAUCCAGUCAAAGUGCACACCACUGUGCAGACGAGUUGGGAUGGUACGAACCCAUUUGGAAACUUAUUUUGAAAGAAAACAACUCACCGACUGAUAUGGAUGUUAUGGAAGCUGAACUUGUUCAAGUUGUAAUCGAAAUAAUUCAUAUAGUUAUGUGGCGUGGUAUAGACGGGUCAGACACUACGACCUGGAGGAAACGAUCAGAGCCCUUGUGUUCUCUUCAUUUUAUGUCCUCAAGAAAUACAUUUCUUUUACCUGUUUUGGUAAUUGAACGCCAGUUAUAUGAAAUGUGUUUGGAAGCAUCAGCGCAGGCAUUGACAGAGUCAAUGCAACCGUAUGCAGUUGAUUCUCAAAACGCUGUACAAAUUUUAAAGCUUAUUGAGGUGUUCUUGGGCAGCACAGAAAUUUCUGCAGUAGAAUCACAAAAAUGGAGCACAAAGUUGCUAAACAACAUUUUCACACUACUGGAUGCGAUGAAUGCAUGGGAUGAUAGCACUGAGGGAGGUUGUGAAUGGGUGGAAGUGUUACAAAUUGUGGAACGGAUCUUGUAUCAAUGCUGCAUGCAAACUAAUAAAGAUCUUGUCGAAACUGCAAACUACAAAUUAGUGCAACUUCUGCACAAACGAGUCGUCGUUCAAAAAGAAGAAGCCAGCUAUCAAAUAUAUCACAUAAAUACUGUUAUAACAUGGUUCAACAAGCUAGGUAUCAGUUAUGAAAAUCUUCUACUAGUUUUGUUACAACGGUUUGAAAAAUUCGGUGCGUUCUUCUUUGAAGAAGGUUAUUUGCAGAAUCUCCCACCAAUGAAGCCGAGCGUGUUUAAGAAAGAUUUUGUAGACUACAUGAAAGAUGAUGAAUUUCAAAAUUUUCUUGAAGCUCUCAAAUUAAUUGCAAUGAAGUUUGAAUAUGAUAACUUUUCAGAUUCUCCAUUGUCUGUUGACAGACUAUGGAUGGAUUCCCUGAGUGCAAUGACGUCAGCAACACAAAACAGACAAAUGCUACUUGAGGAAUCUCUUCAUAAUUUCAGUCGAACAAUAUACUAUGAUUUCGAUGAGAAACGUAACGAAGAGUUGAAACAGCUUGAUGACUAUAAGCGAACUUGUCGACAGAGAAAUGGCCUCACUAAAAAAUCAUGGACCUACCAAAAACGAUUCUUGAAAAGCGAAAGGGGUGCGUGGGGUUGCAGGAAACAUCCAGAUGUCCACUGGAGACUAUCGAAUACUGAAAAUCGUUACCGCAUGAGAUUAAAACUUACCGAAAAUUUAAAAUACAAUUCUCACGUUGAUGCAGCUCGAAAUCGUGACGUAACAAACGCCCCUGACGUCCUGAGAAAUGAAGAGAAUCUUGUCAGUCUCCCGCUCUCGAUAGAUUCUGAAGAAAACGUUGUUAGUGAUGAUGAAGAGAAGUUAGUUUCUCCGAACAACGAAGAAGAUGAAGAAGAAACUGAACAAGCGAGUCAUCUAUACGACUUUGACGGCGUAUUUGACGGCACGACUGGUUCAUGUAUCCAUUUUUCGCAAUGUCGUCUGGUCACUUUAAUGGAUGUUGUGUAUGGUCGCAUCGAAUUGACAGCCUCGCAUGUUUGUUUCUAUGAUGAAGAUGAAGCGACAACAGAUGCACCAUUCGAUUUUCGUUUCUCUCUCGAAGAACUUCGCGAAAUAUACAGUCGAAGGUACAACUUACGAAAGACUGCAGUGGAGUUCUUUCUUUUGGACCGUUCAAGUUAUUUUAUCAACUUUUUGACUGAAAAGGAUAAAGAAGUAUUUUACCGAAAAUUGACAGCGCGAAAACCUAAGAACCUUUACUACAGCGGUAUUCAAAAUCCUGCCAAACUACUUCGAGUUUCAAAGUUGACGAACAAGUGGGUAGAUCGAGAAAUUUCUAAUUUUGAAUAUUUAAUGCAACUUAAUACAAUAUCCGGACGAACAUACAAUGACUUGGCACAGUAUCCGGUCUUUCCAUGGAUAUUAAUUGACUAUACUUCAGACAGCAUUGAUUUAAGUGAUGAAUCCAUCUACCGUGAUUUGUCAAAACCAGUUGGUGCGCUCAAUGAACAAAAAGCGAAAGAAAUAAAAAACAGAUACGACACAUUUGUUGAUGUGAGCGGUUUGACGCAGAAAUCGCACUAUUUCACUCAUUACUCCAAUCCAGGUGGUGUGUUACAUUACAUGGUGCGGGUGGAACCUUUCACCAGCUUACACGUACGCUUACAAGGCGGAAAAUUCGAUUGUGCUGAUCGCCAAUUUUACUCGAUUGCAAAAGCAUGGCGGACUAUUGAAAGUGGAAGUGACGUAAAGGAGUUGAUACCCGAGUUCUUCUUCUUCCCUGAAUGUUUUACUAACAUGAAUGCUUUCAAUUUCGGUUGUUUACAGCGAAAUGGUGAACGCGUAGAUGAUGUGGUGUUACCGCCGUGGGCAAAAGAUCCGUACGAUUUCAUCAACAUUCAUCGUCAGGCUUUAGAAUCUGAAUAUGUGUCUGCAAAUUUACAUCAUUGGAUAGAUUUGAUUUUUGGUUACAAACAGCGUGGAAAGGAGGCUGAGAAGGCGUUAAAUGUGUUCAGUCAUUACACAUACGAAGGUGCAGUUGACCUAGACAAAAUCGAAGAUCCUGUUUUAAGGGAGGCUACCGAAGGAAUGAUCAAUAAUUUCGGACAAACUCCAACACAACUGUUGAAGAAAGCUCAUCCUAGAAGAAAGACGCUCCAAGAACUUGAUUCAUUGAAACCAAAAGUUUUUAAUAAUAUUGAAUCCUCAACAUUUUCCCUGAUAGAAAUUAAUAACGCCUACAUGAGUACGCCCACUAUAUUUAUCGCUGCAUGUAAACCCCGUCCGAAGUCAAUACUCUAUCAAGCUGUUCCAGAUUCUCUGGUGACGGUACAUUUGAAUGGUUUAGUUGGUAUACACGCAUGGUUGCCCUUUGCUGACACCAAAACCAAUUCGUUCUCAUUUACCAUGGAUGUAUUGCUUGCUUCUCCUUCAAGUCAUGCGCAAAGAGCGUUACCGGGUGCGAUCUCACAAUCGGUGGAGUUGUCGUCCAAACUGUUCGCGUUUACAUCUGAUGGUCAUCUUAUGUUAUCAUGUGGCUAUUGGGACAACAGUAUUCGGCUGGUGAACACUGACCGUGGAAGGGAUAAGCUGAAAGCUUGCGUGUGCCACCAUAACGAUGUCGUCACUUGUAUUUGUCUCGACGUCGAUGGUUCCCAUCUCAUAUCCGGUUCUGCCGACCUGACCUGUGCUGUUUGGAAGAUCGAGCAAAACAAUGGAUUUUCUGCUUCCCUAUCUAAAAAACCAGUCCAAACGUUAUACGGCCAUGAUUCGUGUAUUACUGCUGUUGCAAUGUAUGGAGAUCUGGAUCUAGCGGUCAGCGGAGACAUGGAUGGGACAUGUUUGGUGCACACCAUACGUCGUGGUAUUUUCACAUUUGCAUUAAAUCCAACACAUCCAAAAUUAGAUGGCAUGGGUUGUUGUGUGAUUCAGGUUAAAUUAUCUGAACAAGGAAGAAUUGUAGUACUUUCCAAUGUUAAACAUGUAGAUACGCCGCAUCAUUUCUUCUCAGUGUACAGUGUAAAUGGAGCUUUACUCGCCAACGUAAAUUUAGGACAAGUUGUUCUUGAUAUGUGUAUCGUGAAAGAUUAUUUGAUCACUGGAAGCAUGAGUGGUAUAUUGCAAAUUAGACAUGUGAAUGACCUCAGCACCACAGUUUUGUCGAAGAACGUGAGAUCCCCAAUUUUUACGGUAGCCGGUACUCAUAAUGGCAGUCAUAUUUUUAUUGGUCGAGGUGAUGGAAACAUUUUGGUUAUGUGCCCUUCCAAGAUAUAGUUAUAAGAAAAAUCGCUGGAACGAUUUAAACAAAAUACGAAAAUUUUCAGCCGCAACAAAAAUACAUAAAAUAACAUUUAAGUAGACUGUAAAAUUUUAUCCUACAUGUACAUUUAUUGGUUUGGUGGUAGAAAACUAAUUUUAAUUUAAACUUAAAAUAUUUUUAAGCAACAAUGGAAAUAAUACAUGCUAUCCUUACUACCGUAAUACACCAACUGCGCCUUAAAUGCGUCCCUUGAGUGCGCGCUUAUAUUACAAAAAACCCUGCAAAUUAGCAAUACAAGCGCUAAAUCAAAAAUAUUUUUCCACUGAGGUAAAAUAUAACGGUCGUUCCUGUGAACAGGCUCUCCUUGGAAUAUGUUCCCGCCCUAAUAUUUAUAAUGUCUCUGCGCGCUGCACUAACGGUGCAUUACGGUAAUGCAAGUCAACAGACUAUGCUUUUUUUAUUUACUGCUCUAUGAUUUCUUUAAAACAUUUAUAUAUUUUGAUACUUUUUCAUUAAAUAUUAAUUUAAAAUUUUUGAGAAUUCUUUUAGACAGUGACUGUGUACAUAUCCAUACUGUCGUUUUUGAACGUACCUUAUUUGUACUAUCGCGGAAAAAAACACUUAGUUCUGUUUCUUGAAAAAGUGCAUCCUUCCGCUUAUUAAAUAUAUCGCCUUUUACGCGUAAUUUCUGUAGUAACGAACUUUUUGGGCGAACGCGCGAAAAUUAAUACGCGCGAUAGUUAGUACGAAUAAGGUAUAAACAUACUAUUGCGUACUUUCAAAAUGAAUGUCUAACUUGAUUUGAUUCUGUAGAGUUCUAUUCAAGUUUGCGAAAUGUAUUUAAAAUAAAACGAGACUUCUGUGGUGUAAAAACACUUGUAAGUAAAUCUAAUUUUAUAAGAAAUUUAAAUAGAGAAAUAUUUUCAUGUUUCUA